ACUUGUGCGCCGCGCGCUUUUCGCGCGCCUCCCUUCGUCGUCGCGACGCCGCGCCAUUUCUCGCGCACGUGGGCGACGACGGCUGAGCGAGGGCGCCUGGCCCGCUCGCCAUUAACGCAGCCGUCGUGAAUGAACGCCGACCUCGACCGGGUGGCUGUCCAUUGAACAGGGCUCGCGGCCGACGACCGGCCGGCGCUCCGGGGGCGGCAGCACGCCCUCGCCGCGAUCACGCCUCAGUCGAGGAUGUAGCGUCGACGACGACUCUCUCUCUCUGCGAAAUCUGUGUUCAUUUACCAGUAGAUUCUGACUAAGUGAUUAUCGUGCCGCAUAUUCAUACCUAGUUUCCUAAAAGUUCUGUGAUCGCGUCAAUUUUGUUAGGACAUAGGUACCUAGGGAUAAUUAAUAAGUGAAGUGUCGUGCGGGUUGUUGCCGGGUGCCGGUGGUGAGUGAGUGCGCACGAGUGCAUGUUGUGUAGUGAGGCGAGCGGGGAUGCGCGCGUGCGAUGCUCUCGGUGAUCGCGAUGCGUCGGCCCGAGGACGAGGAGCUGGGGCGCGGCGACGGAGACGAGUUCGUGGACAUCUCGCAGAUGCAGCUGCUGGUGGAGGCGGGCCCCAGCGGGCUGCACUACGGCGGGCCCGCGCCGCCGCUGGCGCAGCCGCAGCCCUACGCGCAGCCCCCGCACCCCGCGCCCGUCACCUCCACCUCCUCCGUCGAUGAUCUCUUUGCGCUAUACUUCACUCCGGCGCAGCAUGGUAGCCUACCGGGCGACGAGUUAUCUCUGGGGUGUUCCCCGCGACGCCACAAGCACGAGGCGUCGCUGUCGCCGGGCGCGCGCGCCGAGGACGCCAGCAACGCGUCCAGCGCGUCCGCGUCGCUGUACGGGCCCGCGCCGCCGCCCGCCGGCAAGCACGCGCCCUCGCCGCCGCUGCAGUGGCUGCUGCCGCCCGGCCCCGGCCCCGGCGACAAGUACUACCAGGAGUACGAGGAGCGCGUCGACCUGCUGCCGCCGCCCGACUGCCAGUCCGCCUACUGCGCGCCGCCGCAGCAGUCCUGCCCCACGGGCCACGUGCCGUGCGAGUACCGCGCGCCGCCGCCGCACUGGGAGCAGGAGUACCAGCCCGCGCCGCAGCCCGCGCCCGGGCCCUCGGGGCUGCCCAAGCGCGAGCCCUACCCCGCGCCGCCCUCCGACCGGCCCGUGCAGCUCGCCGAGUACAACCCCUCCACGAGCAAGGGCCACGAGAUCCUCUCGCAGGUCUACCAGCAGAGCGCGCAGCCGCUGCGGCUGGUGGCGGUCAAGCCGCGCAAGUACCCCAACCGGCCGAGCAAGACGCCGGUGCACGAGCGCCCGUACGCGUGCCCCGUCGACGGCUGCGACCGCCGCUUCUCGCGGUCGGACGAGCUGACGAGGCACAUCCGCAUCCACACGGGCCAGAAGCCGUUCCAGUGCCGCAUCUGCAUGCGGUCGUUCAGCCGGUCGGACCACCUGACGACGCACGUGCGGACGCACACCGGCGAGAAGCCGUUCGCGUGCGACGUGUGCGGGCGCAAGUUCGCGCGCUCCGACGAGAAGAAGCGGCACGCCAAGGUGCACCUCAAACAGCGGCUGAAGCGCGAGCGCGGCGGCGCGCACGACCACCCGCCGCACCUCUAGCGGCCGGCCCCAGGCUCCGAGUCCACACAUUCCAGUGACAGUGAGCCCGACUCCACCGACUAAGUGGACAACUGAACUUUUACUUUCACGUUGAAGUUAUCAAAUAAUUUCAUCGCCUAGACGUAAGAAUUGUCUUUAACGAAGCUUUAUUAACUCUACAUAUGUAAAUUCAUUGAAAUUUAUAUAUCUUUUUAUACAUAUUUGUAAUUAAUAUGAUAGGAGAUGAUCAGCUCGAUGUAUUUAUUUUUAAUUUAGAUAGGCUAAUUGAAUGAAAUCGACUGGGAACAAGGUACGGCGAUGUGGCCUAAAGUGUCCUAGUAGCGCUUCUCGCACCGCCGGGUACUCGGCCUCGGCGCGAGCCUGAACAUAUCUCCUGCCUGCCGGCAAGGCUGUCGCUAGACUCGGCUCUCCCGACGGCACGCUUGUCGAUGCACAAGUCAAAACCAUAGCAUGAUAAAGUGAUACGUAACGAGCCUAUCCACAGGUAGGUACGACCAAGGUUAGAAAAAGUUUACUAGCCUCACACAA